GUUUUGGGAGAUACGGCAGAAAUGAUGUCCGAAGAGUCGACUGGCGAAGUAUGUGACGAUAUAGGCCUCCAUGCUCGGAGAAGAAAAUUAAUUCUGUAAUUAUGGAAUCAACAGCAGUUUGGUUCAGAUCAGAAGUGGAUAAUAAAACGAUGAAACUCGGAGCUGUUGUAAUGAUAGCUAGGGAAACAGAGAGGUAAAAGUACAGGGCUUACCGUCCGGUGCCGGAGCGGAGAGUCGUCUUCAUCACCGAUUUCGUUCGAGCGGCGACCUCUGAAGCGCCGAGCCACCGAGUCAUCGAUUGCUUUGUGUGCGCAUUGGCACAAAGUUCUGAUUUCUUAUUACAUAUAUAUAAGUUCUCGUGAUCAAUAGUUGCAUUUCUGCGCGUUUACUGCGAUUUUGCUUCGUUAUGAAACGCCUCGGCUGGCUAGGGCUGUGCCGGCGGCAAUUACUCUCAUCUGUAGGAGGGUCGUCCAUUGAUCCCCGGCUCCCGCUCGGAAAAGUUUCAUCGUUACGCCAAUUUUUUUCUUGUGCCCGAGUGUUGCAACCAUGUUCUUCUGCCGUCGGUAAAGCUCCUGACUUCGCCACAGGAUUUCCGGCGAGUAGAUGUUUCAUACAUGCCACAGGUUCAUGUCAUUCUAUUGAACGAGAUUACUACGAAAUUCUCGGGGUUCAACACAAUGCCAGUCGAGAAGAGAUUAAGAAGGCAUACCAUGCGUUGGCCAAAAAGUACCAUCCGGAUGCAAACAAGAACAAUCCUUCUGCCAAGAGGAAAUUUCAGGAGAUAAGAGAAGCCUAUGAGACUCUACAGGAUUCUGAGAAGAGAUCCCAAUAUGACCAGAGGCGUGGUGGAGAAUUUGAAAAUGCAGGUUUUGGUACUGGUGACGCAGAUGGGUUUAGCUAUACUUAUCGAACCCAUUUUUCUGACUCAUUUCAAAAGAUUUUCUCUGAGAUCUUUGAACAUGAGACCAGCCGUUUUGCCUCAGAUAUUCAGGUUGCCCUGUCAUUAUCUUUUACAGAAGCUGCUAAAGGAUGCACAAAGCAUUUGUCCUUUGAUGCUAUGGUUCCCUGUGAUUCUUGCUAUGGGCGUGGCUUUCCAGUGAAUGCAACGAAAAGAAGCUGCCCUACUUGCAGAGGUUUAGGUAGGGUUACUAUUCCUCCAUUUACAUCAACAUGCACCACUUGCAAAGGAUCGGGUCAAAUCAUUAAGGAAUUAUGUGUGGAAUGCAGGGGAAUGGGGGUUGUGGCGGGUGUCAAGGAGGUCACAGUUACCAUACCUGCUGGGGUUGAUUCUGGAGAUACCAUUCGUGUACCAGAAGCUGGUAGUAGCGGUGGACGAGAAAGUCAAUCUGGCAACUUGAUUAUUAAAUUGAAGGUUGCUGAAGAUCGUGUCUUUAAGAGGGAUGGUGUGGACAUUUAUGUGGAUUCUAAUGUCAGCUUUACUCAAGCUAUUCUUGGUGGCAAGGUUGAGGUUCCAACGUUGUCAGGCAAGAUAGAAAUAAAUAUACCAAAAGGCGUUCAGCCGGGACAGCUCUUAAUACUGAGAGGGAAAGGAUUGCCAAAACAUGGACUUUUUGUUGAUCGUGGAGAUCAAUAUGUGCGCUUCCGUAUUAAAUUUCCCACUGAAAUAAAUGAACGACAACGUGCCAUUUUGGAAGAGUUUGCUGAAGAAGAAAUAAAGAAUGGGAUUGACAACUCAAAUGAAGCAAGUUGGUGGCAACAAAUUCUUAACCAUGUUGGGGAACCUAAGUUUGUUAUUGAAUUGUCCCUACUUAUCUUGCUCGCUGUGUUCCUGAGUAAAACAAUGGGCUGAGCAAGCUCCAGAAGUGGCAGUGGGAGAUAUUUUGGCAGGUCACCGUUGAAGUGGGAGGUCCACCUAUUCAUUCAAUAAAGUAAUGUAGAUAGAUACAAGUACCCGAGUUGCCGUUUCAAAUUCGUGAAGAGUAUCCGAGUUACACUUGUUUGGAAAAUUUAUAUAGAUAUUACAACAAGUAGAUGGACGAUCUUUGAAUCUCUUGUGGAAUGAAGGUCUUUCUUUUCCUUCCUCCACAAGCUUUCUGUAGGUUUGAUCCAUCAUUCUCUGCAACUACUCGCAACACUUGAGAACUGUAGCCAUUUUGAGAUUCUGACGGCUGAGCCUUUUGCUAUGAAUAAUUACACAACGACCCACAAACUAAAGAUUCUUUGAAUAGUGAUUUUGGGAGAGUUGAUCUCAAAUAUUAGUACGAGAUUAAUACAUUUUCAA